UGUUCCCUUGGGCGGCGCCUGCCUUCGCUGGAGAACUGGUCUGGUUUUUUAUUUUAUCUACAGCCCAAACAUGAUCUACUCCUCGGGAAGAGAGCCCUACUUCAACCUGAACUCCACGUGGUACGACCCGGCUGGGUCGUGGCUGGACACGCGGCGCACGCCCUUCCGCUACGGCUACGCCAACUGCUGCUCCUCGGGCUGCCAGGGCGAGGGCGCGCAGGGCAUGUGCGGCCACGACUACCGCUGCUACGGCUACCGGCAGCCCCGCUGCUCCGAGCGCUGCUCCAGCUCCUCCUCCUCCUCGUGCUCGGGCUGCGUGAGGAGGCCCACGUACAGCUACGGGGGUUCCGGGGGCUGCCAGGGCUACGGGAGGUCCGUGUGCGCCGAGAGGUGCCAGGGGUCGUCGGGCUCGUGCCACGGAGGGGGGUCCGGGUGUGUGAGGAGGCCCACGUACAGCUCGGGGGGCUCGGGGGGCUGCCAGGGCUACGGGAGGUCCGUGUGUGCUGAGAGGUGCCAGGGGUCGGGGGCGCAGGGCGUGGGGAAGCCGUGCUGUGGGAAGCCGGCGCAGAGCGUCGCGGUGCAGAGCUGUCCCCAGCCGGUGCAGAGCUGUGCCUGCCCUGCUCCAGUGCAGAGCAUCCCAGUCCAGAGCUGUCCCCAGCCGGUGAAGAGCUGUCCCCAAACGGUGAAGAGCUGUCCCCAACCAGUGAAGAGCUGUCCCCAACCAGUGAAGAGCUGUCCCCAACCGGUGAAGAGCUGUCCCCAACCAGUGAAGAGCUAUCCCUGCCCCGCUCCAGUGCAGAGCAUCCCGGUGCAGAGCUGUCCCCCUCCGGUGCAGAUCUGUCCCCGUCCCUGUCCCCCUCCAGUCCAGCAGAUCUGUCCCCGUCCCUGUCCCCCUCCAGUCCAGCAGAUCUGUCCCCGUCCCUGUCCCCCUCCAGUCCAGCAGACCUGCGUGCCCGUGGCCAAGGGCAUCCCCCGCCAGCAGCACAAGCAGAUCUGCCAAGUGCCAGCCCAGAAGAUCAAAUGAAGGCCGUGAGGAGUGAGGGGAAGCCGAGGGAAUUUGUCCCCUCUUGUCCCCUCUUGUCCCUGCCCUGCCUUGUCACCUUGCCCUGUCCCUCCGCUUGUAACGCGCUCCGAAGUCGUGACCCACGGGCGCUGUGGAAUUCAAUCCUCAGCUCGUUUCACAGCAGACGUGGAGGCAAUAAAAAAUUCCCCCUGGCACUCGUG